AUAACUAAACCGAUUUAUUAUCACUAAGUCUCAAAAUAAACCCUAAAUCAGUCUUCUUCGACCUUUAAUUUGGCGCCAAAUCCGCAGUCACAUAUUUCUAUUUCCCGCUCGAGCAAUCUGAUCUGAUCGGAAUCUUUGAAGCAGAGAUAGAGAGAGAUUCUUUAGUACAUUGAUCUAAUGGCGUCGAAUUCGGAAGCGGGAGGAUCGGCGGAUUACGAAACAUUGAUGUCAACAUCGGACGUUGAGCUCUUGAAGAGGGCGUGGCGUAACGAGAAGGCGGCGCCGGAGAUUCUUCAGUACGAAGGAGCUCUUGUCGAUAGAGCCAAAGAACAGAUCGAAUUGGUGGAAGAAACAAUUGAAGAUUAUGUGGAAAAUGGCAUAGACCCUCUCGUGGUGUCACUUUAUCAGAUGGAUUUGGACAGAACCCAGUUUCUACUCAGAUCUUAUCUCAGGGUUAGGCUUCUCAAGAUAGAGAAGUUUAUGUUUCACAACCUUAAGUCAGAAGAAGCUGAAAGGCGGCUUUCUGAGCAAGAGAAAGUGUUUGCUACCAGGUGUGCUGAUGAUUUGGCAAAGCAUUUCGAAGAGACUGUACUGCUUAAGUUACCCGAGAAUUAUCAGUCGGUUCUCAAGCAAUCUCUCAUAAGUGAAGUGGAUGAUACGGUGCCGCAGCCGCAUUUGGAUACCUUUGUUGUUUGUAGAAGCAAGAACUUUGUCUCCCUCAGUCUAUAUGAAGAAGGAGAGAGCCCCGAAACCGUGGAAAUGGAGCGCGGUGAUCUCUACUUCAUACGUUACAAGAUUGUAAAAAGGGCAAUCGAAUCUGGGCAAAUUGACUUGAUCUGAGCUCAAUAAUGGAUAUUUCACUCAAAUCUCUUCUCAUAGCAUAAGUUUCGGAUGGUCUUGUGUUGCUUGAGUUUGUAUAGUGAGUGUCCUAGUGCUCUUGAUAAAAACUUAGUUUUUUUUUUGCUU